AUGGCUCACGAUUCUUUCAAAGUAGCGAUCGGUCUUCCUGCGACUGGUGGUAAUGAGCCAGUCCCACGAAAGGACAGGCAAGACAAAAAUUUCAACCGAAUCUCGUAA